UUGGCUUAGUAUGUGAAUUGUUUUACAUGCUCACUCCAUAUGAAGUGUUUCUAUUACUUAUGAACAUAUGGACAUUUAUGAAAGAAAAUCCUCCAGCAGAGGAUUGUUACCUCACAAAGGACAAAUAUGGUAGAAGAUCAAGAGUGUUUGAAGCUGUUGAUGCGAAGUACACCAAAUUAUUACACUCAGUGCUGCAUCACAAUAUUGAAAUGUGUGGACAUUUUUACUCAAGGAUAUUUCCAGUAAGCCAAACAUGAUGUCAUUUCCUGUUUCCUCACACAUAAUGAUGUAAUUUCCUGUGCCCCCCUAAGGAUCAGGUCAUUUUCUAUGAUCCUCCAAGAUGAUGUCAUUUCUUGUGACAUGGAGAUGAUGAUGCUAUCAAUGGUGAUGUCACAUUCAAUGAACUAAAUGUGAUGUAAAUUCCUGUUACUUCACACAUGAUGAUGUAAUUUCCUGUGACCCCCUAAGGAUCAGAUGAUUUUCUAUGACCCUCCAAGAUAAUGCUGUUUUUUGUGACAUCAGUGGUGAUGACACAUUCUGUGAACUUAAGUGACGUAAUUUUCUUUGACAUUACUCAGCAAGUGUACAUCAAUUGAAAUGGACAUAGCGUUGUUUGACAUGUACUAAGCAGUACCAACAUCACAUCCAUGGAGCUACAAUUUUGUGCCACAACAUAAUGCUAUCAUGAUGUACUAAUAUUCCCAUCAACAGUAUCAAA